UUCAUAAAAGAUGCUUGCGACAGAGGAAGGAAGGAGACUCCUGGUCAGGGAUGCUUGGGGGCCAGACCCCUUUGUCAAGCCAGGGCAAGCAAACCCCAGGGCAGGUGGCCACAGCCCCUGGCCCUGCUGUGGGAGCAUCCUGGCCUCGCUCUGUGUCCCACAGCCUCCAGCACAACUCCAUCAAGGAGGACGGCGCCGCCUUCCUGGCCGAGGCCCUGCUGACCAACCACCGGCUGCUGACCCUGCACCUGCAGAAGAACGCCGUGGGAGCCCAGGGAGCCCGGACCAUGGCUGAGGCGCUGAAGCAGAACUGCAGCCUGAGGGAGCUGAUGUGAGCAGGGCGUGAGGGGAGGGAUGGCACUGCCAGGGCCACAUCCCCUGGAUCUGUGGGCAGGAAAGGGGCAGGGCCGUGUGACAGGCAGCAGGGACACUGCUGGCUCUGCCCAGCGGGGCUGGUGGGGAUGGAGAGAGCAGAGCCUUGGCAGCAGCCCUGUGGGGAUGCUCUCUGCACCUCCAGGUGUGCAGGAGCCACGUGAAGGAAGGAGAAGCUGUUUCCCCUCUGGCAGAGGGAAGCAGCAGGGCUGCAGGCCCUGAGGAAACAUU